CUGAUAUUGACAUUUUGAUGUCGGUGAAUUACGAUGAUAACGUUUUAAGUAGGUCCAUUUAAAUUUUAUGGAAGAUAAUGACUUCCACAACACAACCUGUGAUAUGUGAAGAGAUAUUCGACGAUUCUAGUCAAGCUUCUGUUGCAGAAAUAAGGGAUUAUGCUGCAAAAAUUGGUAUUGAUCCUGAUUUGGAACCUCAAUUGCUGCCUUUGGCUGCUGAAGGGCUUAUGAAACCCUUACCUUCUGGUUGGAAACCCUGCUAUGACGAUAAGAGGAAGGCAUAUUACUACCAUAAUCCUAUGGUGGGUAGAACUCAAUGGGAGCAUCCUUUAGACAAUAUAUAUCGCGGCUUAGUAAUUAAAGCGAGAACCGAAAGUCAAUCGCUUAGCUUAGGGGAACCGACAGAAGAUGGCACCUACACUCGAGACGAUUUACCAAGUUACGAAGAACCGCCCCCGUUGCCUCAGUACGCUUACCCUAGAAAAGACGUCAAGUUGUCCCCACUUAAGCUAAGACCGAAGCUCUCGGACAUUGAUUUAAAGUUGUGCAAGCAAAAAUCUGAGGAGAGGCCGACUACGGCGAAUCGUAAAAAUAGUUUCAGCUUAUUUACUAGUUUUGACGAGAAACUCAACGAUCAUCCGAAGAAGAUCGAUAAGGCUGGUCUCACUGUAAGUGGUGGAGGUGCGAUGUUCUUAAAGUCAAACACAAAGAAACCAGCGGAGCUUUCGCCAAGUUUAAGUAAACCGGAAAACCUGUAUCAACCACGCGGUAUUUUACGUGAGAAUUCCAAAAAUGGCGACAUAGACAAAUUGGCUCUUGACAAAGUAGAGAAAGAAGAUGAUGAUAGAAAAAGUGUACGGUUCAAUGUGGAACCUAAUUUGGACUUUUCAUCAGAAGAUAGUAAUAAAGAAGAUAACAAUGACGAUAUUAUUAACGUUAAAAUUACAAAUAAGUCUCGAUUUACUGUAGUUCCUGUGCAACCUCUUAACACAAGAGUUCUGAAACUAGUUAAGCCGGAUCCCUCCGAACUAAAGAAUGAUUUGUCACUUAACCCAGAGGUUUUGCUAAGCUCCGACUCCGAGGAGAACUCUGCUGCAGAUAUUGAAAUACGCAAUGAGGCAAGCAUAAAUGGUGUCCUCAAUAACUUCAAUUCGUUAGACGAAGAAGCUCAAAAAGACAUUCAAGUGUAUAGAAACGAAUUAUUUAAAUCUCAAAAAUUAGAGCGAGACAAAGUGCUAGUCGAAGAAAAGACGAAACAUGAAGCCAUUAUUAAAGAGCAGCUCGAUAGUUUAAGAAAAGAAAUGGAGAAUCGAUUGAACGGAACGCUAGCUGAGGAAAAGACGAGGUUGAAGUCACAAUUUGAACAACGGAAGGCUGAAAUUACAGCACACUACGAAUCUAUGAAUCAAAAUUGGGAAGAAACCGUAAAAAUGCGAAUUCUGUCUCAGCAGGAGGACUUAGAGAAGAAAUAUGGCGAAAAAUUAGUCUUACUGGAACGAGAGUUAGAUGAAAAGUUGGAAAAAAAUAAGGACGACUUGAUCGUCUCGCACAAGGCAAUCGUCGAUCAGAUGCAACAAAAUCACUCGGCGAUAAUUAACGAACUGCAACAAGACUUUAAGGCCGAGGAGGAUAUUAUUCGGCGAGAGCAUCAAAAGCAGAUAUCCGACUUGAGAAAUAAGGUUUCGCGGGAUACCGAAAUCGAAAAAACUCGUACGGAUAGGGAUCCCGAAGACGAGCGGUUGUACGAGAAAGUGCGUUGCGAAAAGAGGCUCUUAGAGGAUAAGUAUCGAUGUUUAAAGGAUAAGUACUUGAAACUGAAGACUGAGGUUAAGUUGUCCAUUGAGAAGCGUAACAGGAAGAGGGAGCAGAACCUGACUGCUACCACGACGACUACCACGACUGGAUCUGAAACUGAGCGAAGUCCGUCUGGUAAAAAGGAAAGGACGCCUACCCACUCCCCUUCAUCAAUUAGAAAACACUCACCGAAACACACGAGAUCGACAGAUUUAAGUAAGCACAAAGCUAAGAUACGUCAAGUGAUUAUUCAGGAUCAAGACACAUCCGCUAGCGACCGUAGUUAUAAAGUUGAAGAUAAGUUUAAUCGUAACGAUUCGCAAAGAGAGUACGACUCUUCCGAUAUAGACACGAAUCCAGGUAGAAAUAGAAAAAAGUUAUUUUCCCGCAUUAAAAGCUCUUCCGCCUCCCGCAUUAAUAACAAUAUAAAAUUUAGAGAAAAUCAGCGCUCUUGCUCGCCCGUAGAAAACUUACGAAAGCAACUGCAAAAGCUAGAAGACCUAGAAGAUCAGUUUCCGCAAAACGCUCAAGGGGACACAUAUCAUUUACGAUAUCCGUUUUCCGACGGUCAAAAGUUCGAAGGUAGCUCAGAACUUGAAUUUUUCAGACAUCGCAUUCAUUUGGAAAGAGACUCCAUUCGUAGGGCGAAGGAAAGUUUACGUAAGCAAAAGUCUAACUUUAAGCAGAGGCAGGACGAACUGAAGUUGAAAUAUGGACCAACCGCGCGGCAUACACUACAGCAGUUAUAUCAAGAAGAAAAAGAAUUAACCGAUAUGGAAGUAUCGUUACAUCGCACUAGGAGUUUAUUAGGAGAGAAGGUAAUAAGACUUAGACACCUCGAGCAAUCUUUACAGCGUGCUACAAUAACUAGCGAUCAGCAAAAGGGGGAAGACGCGACGCUUAGCGAUUUAUCGUCGCACAGCGCAAGUUCCGGAAUUAGCUCCACCGAAUUUGCGACGGCCGACUCGCCCGCUCUUAGAGUUACCCAAUUUAAGGAGUCAUCCGAAAUUAUUCAAAGUCUCGAAAAUCUUAAUUCGGAAAUAAGGGAAAUAUGGGACGUACUAAACAAACAGCAUCAGGCCAGUAGUAUCGCAACAGUGUUUCCUCCGUUGCCGUUGUUAUACCCCGACCUUGGCUGGCCGCUGUUAGCCGGAGCUGCUCCGGUUCCACCUUCCAUUCCCACCCUUGCAGAUCGCUUGCAAAAUUAUCGACAGCACAUCGCGCUCGCCAACGCUCAAAGUACAAUGGUAACCCACGAUACGCAGGGGGCGACCACGACCUUGGUUGAGAAGACGCGAAACCUGAGGCAAUGGUUGAGGCAAACGACCAUUGACAGUGCUGUAGAUGGUGCCGCGCCUCAAGCAACUCUGUAACUGGUUAAAACGUUGUAAGAAUUUUGUUGUUCUCGUUAGAUAUCUAUCGAUAGAAUUGUUCCCAACUUAUUCAAUAGAUGUCAUUCCUUGCUAUGGAAAUCUAGAUAGCUGGUUAUUAUUAUUACCGGUUAUCUAGGGCAUUACAACCUUGCCCUUUUUAAGAGGCAGGCUUAAUUAGAUUCAUAAUAGACAAACCUUAUACCUACAAUCUCUGUCAUUGUGCAAAUUAGAUUGCCUCUAGAAAUUCAUUUGCUGUACAGUACCUAUACAUAUAUAAUAUAUUAUGCAAAUCAUAUAUAAACCUGUUGAGCCCUUCAAUUAUAUCUGAACAUUGUUAGUUAUUGAAAGUUUACCAAAUUACUUGUUAGGUACUAUAUUGAUUAUGAACUGGGUUACCUAUAGAUAUGUUCGGAAGUUCAAUU